CAACACUCCUGACAUUCAUCACUACUUGCAUCGCGCAAACAAUUCUGGACCAUGAGAAGAAAAAGAAAGAGUUGGUAAUCGUUUGGCAGCACGUGUAUACGAAUUGCCAGGCUGCAAAUCUUCACGCAGACGCUCUAUCGGUACUCAUCAUGGCUACACCCAACGCAUCAAACAAUCCCACGAAAGGCGCGCACAACGCAGCGACGCCUCAGUCACAGCCUCUUCUGCCGAACUUCACGUCACCUGCGCCGCGAAGUGUCCCUUCACCUGCCGCUCAACGCCAAUCUGGCAAGUCGCCUUUUGCAGCAUCAACACAAGCACAAAGCGCAUCGUCGACCACAGCACAAAACCACCCUACUGUUGGAAGCUCUGGAAGUGCGUCCAAGCACCUGUUGGGCAGUUCUCCUGCAGCCGGCGUGAUGAACUUUGAGUCUCCAAUGCCAAUGAGCUUUAGCCUCAGUCAGAUGGGUAACGUGGAAGGCGGCGUGCCCAUGGCGCCAGGAAUGAGUGGUCUUAGUGCUCUUGGCCUUAUGCCUAUAACUGGUUUAACAGAUGAAGAAAAGUGGCGAAGGCUCAACGAUGUCAUGGAGAGGCUCAAGGCACGGCCGGGAAGGGUCUCGCUGGAUAAUUUGCGCGCUCUCGGAAAGCGUCUAGGUUUCGAGGAGAUGCUUGAACAGCCACGCACAGGCAACACUAUACUGUCUUUCGCAGGACGAACGGUACUAGUGGAAAUGACUUUCACUCCAGAACACGAGUUGAAGAAUGUCGAUGUGCAGUUUCAAGAGCCAUCACCCGCUCUGCAAAAAACUGCUGCGUCAGCGUCGAAAGUCUUUCACGAUUGUCUAACUGUCCCGCCCGGCCUAUCCUCCAUCACGCACAAGCUUAACAAAUUUGCGGCCAACUUGGAGAAGCUGGCGAAAAUAGACAAACCUCAUGGUGCUGCAGGCGAUGGAUUUAACGGCUUUGAAGCCAUUGCUGGAAUAUACAACAGUCUCUUCAAGCUGUAUAACCACGAGCUUAGCCUUGCUAAACAGCUGUACGCAGGUGCUAAGGAAGUAGAUGAGAAGGCGAUGAACGAAGUUACAUGCAAAAAAAGUGGGCGACCAAGGAUGAAUGAGGGUCGCAAGAUCGGGCUGGAUCUCGAUUACUGGAUCACACGUCGACAUUUGACCUCAAGCACAGCCGAAAGAAGCAACAGUGCUACUGAUGAUUCUGUGGACAAUGGUUCAUUUACGCUAUCAAUCCUUUGCGAAGCCCUUCAAGCAGACCAUAUAACGCAGCCAGCCCGCAUCAGCGACGCCUGGAUUUCUGAUCAAAUCGAGAAGGCUCCAGAUGGCGAUCCUGGCACUUCAGAACCUGUCAUCGAUUGGCUCGAGCCGCCACCAACCUACCUCUCACCCUCUGUACCUGCCGAGUCAACGGGAAAACCCGAAAUGGAACAGACUCCUGGAAAGCUUCCGGAUGUUCGGUUUGUUGCAAAGCUAUGUCCACCUUUACUGAUUCCAGCGCACAUAGCUGCGCAAAAUGGCAUAUCUCAGGACUUUAUGUAUCAAACUUUGCCCUCUUACAUCACAUCGUUGCUACAUCAUGCGAAUACGUCGGACUCUCUUAGUACAAUUGAGCAGAUGCCACUGAGGGAAAUUUAUGCAGAGAGGAUCAUACUCUCUAAGAGCACGGGAGGGUCAAUUCGCCAUGCAAAUACCCUUCGAAUUAGAUCGCUUGAUCAAUCGAUCCUUUUGCAUGAAAUCCCCUUUGACCAUCCCAAGCAGCUGAUCCAGCUUCUUCCGAUGCUUAGGCAAUUUGCAUACUUUAAUGCGAUGCUCAAAACUUCCUUCCCAACAGCUUCAACACCAAUAGGACCAGUUCGAAAGGAAUCAAUUAAAGAUGUCAAUAGAAUCAAUAAUAUUGACAUGACAUUCUCGUCCUCGCCUUCUCCAAGGGUCGUCUUGACAUUUGCACGUGGUGUUGAUAUCGGCGACACGCCUUCAAUGUCCGCUGAUAACCUUGAUGAAUUCUUUAGCAAUGACACUCUCAAGGCUGGCUUACCGGUUUCGGUGUCAAUCUCUGUCUUGCCCAACGCAGAGAUCGUAAUUGGCGAGAACAACAUCAUUACUGAUCAGAAACGGGGCAAGGUCCAUGAUGAACUGAACGAAAAGCUGUCCCGCGCUUUAGAUCUCGCUGCCGAUUUAAAUGUGUGGGUAGAAUACGUCAAGAUGCACGUGGCGAAAUGAUUGUCCGAGAACAAUGCCAGCAGCUGGGACUCUGUUCCAUAACUCCGGCAACAAGAGGUUCAACUUCCGUAUCGUCAUUCGCAUGUAGAUUCGUGCUCUGUAAAACAGCCAUUUCCUCGUGAGCAAAUCACGUCAGCUUCUCCGGCAUCAAACCUGGAAUAUGGAUCGACAUGGGAUCGAAGGUGAUGCAAACCCUUCUUUUCCUUGCUUUUAUACUUAGCGUUUUGUGUAAGAGAGCCAAUAGCUAGAUCGUCUUAUGCUUUUUAUAGCCACCUUGGUUCAAAAGAAAGCUGGCGGCAACCAAGAAGGUAUCUGCGUCCUUGCUGUCGAAGAGUUCCAUACCGAGAGCGAUUUGGCUUAUGUACCACGCUAUCUAAUACUCAAGGACUUCUUGGUUGCUAUUGCAAAUCUUGACAGCUGCAUCGAGGAGCACCUGCUCCGCUAGCCUAUUGUAGUCGACGAUCUUCUGGAUGUAGUCAAAAGACCUUGCAAGCCAUAUAUCUUAUCUCUAGAAUCCUCACAUUUACUGAACAUGUGGCGAUACAUGCAUCCAAGAGCGGAUUUCUGAGCGACUGGUCUCUGAGGAACUUUCUGGUCCUCUCCUUGGCUAUAAAAUCAAAUAAGGAGCAGUUGUGUAUGAUAGGGUGGAAGUCCAUGACAUUCCUGCAGAAGCGCUCAAAUUUGUAGCCGUCCAGUUUGGAACGAUGUAUGAACAGAGCCAGAUUCUUUGCAAGCACAGUCUCCUGCACCACCCACAGCCGAUCCCAGUAGGGGUUGUGUGCGAAGUCUUUCAAAGCCUGGCGGUCGUCGACACCCUCCCUCGUGUGGAUAA